AUGGUGGUCUCUUCAUUGGUUGCUUUGGUUCCUCUAAAAAAACAAAUCGACCACAAUAAAUCAAAAAUCACUCGCGAAUUUGACAUCAACUCCGAUAGAGUUUUGCACAUUGCUGGAGGAAAUCAUUCUGGCAUUAUUAUCUACAAGGCUUCCGAUGAAGACGAAGAACCGAUUCCUGACUUCACUCUUUCAUUUACUGUUUGGCUAUCUGAUGGCUCGAUUAGACGACAGGAAACACGUACUCUUCAAUUCGCUUUGGUUGAAGGUGUCGAUAUUAGAGAUGGUGCUGCUGCUGUUCGAUCUUUCUUCAAUUGCUUACUCAAGAAUUUGCCAAGAGACAAUGUGGGUUUUGUGACGAGAGCGUUGAAACUGAUGCAGAGUGGAUAUUCGGAGAUUCUAUCAAUUGUCAUUGAUAUGAAAUGGCUUUCGGAAGAUGAGGUCAUCGAAAUGCCCAACACUUCACUUUAUGAUACGGCGCCCGAGGUUGCCUCGAUUGCGCGUGUACAGGAGCAAUUGGAACACGCUUUCCCGAAUGGAUUGCCCGUUUCCAAGCUUGCUGAGAGACUAAAGACUACUGAAGAUGAGGUACACCAAUUCCUCUUAGAGCUAGAAGCUGCUGGAAUCGCUCAGAGAGUUGACGACGAGUGGCUUCGAAGAGAUUUGCGAAAUGUUGAUGGCGUGAUUGCUUCUCAUCGGGGAGGACUUGCCGCUGGUGUUGUAUCUCCGCCAACGAUCGCUAUCAUUACUCAUCUCUUCGUCGAGAAGCAAGCAAUUGAUGCCAUCAUCACGGAGCCUGAAGUCACGCAUCGAUACAAGAGUGGCGGUGAUUCGAACGCGUAUACGAUUGGGACCAUUGGAAGACACCGAGUUGUGGCCACGAAAUUGGCGGUGGUUGGUGACUCGCGAGAGGCGACCACCAGCUCAGGAAGCAUCACAACACGAUUGCUUGGCAAUUUCCAACACAUCGAGCACGUGUUUGUGGUUGGUGUGGGCGGUGGUGUUCCCCAUCUCACUGAUGCGAAAAAGCACGCUCGACUCGGUGAUGUCGUCGUGUCUUCAGAUGCCACUAAUCCGGCCUACCUUUUUGCUCAAGACACCGUUAUCGAUCCGGAUACUGGUGACGUGAAAGACUUUGUCAUUCAUAGACACAAUCCAUUGGAUCGAAAGAUAGCCAACGUGGUGGGAAAUGGCGGUGAAACUCUAUUCAAAAAAUGGGAAACGCACACCCAGGAAACUAUCAAGAAAUUGAACUCAACGGCUCAGACGGAAGACGAGUUCUCAAAGCCGAGUGCUGAGACGGAUGUGCUUUUUGUGCAUGUGGGUGGAGGUGAUCUCGUCGUGUUGCCACAUCCGAACCAAAAUCGACAGUUUCCUCUAAUUCACUUGGGAUCAAUUGGUGGAAUGACUGCGAGAAGAGUGGAUGAAAUCAAUGAAGAUGAGGUUCGCGACCUUUUCGCCUCUGAGUUUGGAGUGAGGGCUCUCGAUGCUGGUUUUGAGACAGUCAUUUCUGCGAUUGAGGGAUCUCGCAUCGGCUCAUGGGCGUUGAUUCGCGGCAUUGCUGACUAUCAACACGGGCACUCGAGAGCCGCAAAAUUGUGGCAGGCACACGCAGCUGCACGAGCUGCCGCGAUGACUCAAACGAUUAUCGAAAAUUUG